CCCCGCGACCCUUGUGAGGAUAAGCGGAUCGGAAAAUGGAUGGAUGGAUGGAUGCGUAGUUAGACAUGCAUAGAUUAGGUACAAUUUAAUUGUCCAAAACUGGACAAGGUAUGGGGUGCAAGCAGCAGUCAAACGUUUCAUUUCAAUAAGCACAAUAUUUACCAAGUACACCCUGCAGGGCUUUAAUGACACAAUACUACAAAGUCCUUUUAUCCAUCAGCGGCAGCUGUAUUCCUUUUAUCUGGUAUCAUAAAGGUGAUAGCUACCAGCCCACUUUGCAUGUCGAUUAUAUAAAGGAAUACAUCGGAACUCUCAAGAGCAUGAAGCAGUCCCAAUUUCUUCAAUUGCCGAUAAGGGUAAGAAUUCAGGACAAGUGAUGAUGGCAUGCGGAAAAGAGCAUCAAUUACCAAAUGACUGUCUGAUGGACCAUAACAAUGAUCUUGAAAAGAAGUCCACACUGACUGAGCGAAAAAGACUCCUCGAUGAGAAGCUGGCUUAUCUCGAAUGCCAGAGUGCCACGAUGGAAAGAGAGAAAAAGGACUUCAGGACUCUACUUCAGGAUAGUCGGGACACACAGCAGAAUUUUUACCUGAAUGAAGACUUGAGUCAACUUAAUUCUCGGACUGUCACGGGCGAGACGGCAGAUGCAGACCUGACAGUCAAAAAUUGCAAUCAGACGAAGGCAACACUGACUGAAGUGAAUGACCGUAAAAUGAGACUGUUUAAAAUUUGGAGUGUGAAUGUGGAGACCGACAAUGAAAAGUUAAGGAAACAAGUUCAAGUCCUCGAAGAAAACAACGCCUCAUUCACGCAACAAAAUGAGCUCCUCAGUGAAAAAUUGGUUCAUUAUGAAUCCUGGAGUGUGAAGAUGGAAACACACUUGAGUACGCACAUCAAAUUUCUGCAAGAAAAUGAAGAUAUUCUGAUUAAACAGAACGAGUUCCUCAAGAUGAAAGUGACUGAGCUCGAGAGGUGGGGUGAAAUGACCGAGAAACAAAAUGAAAACCUUCAGGCACGGCUAAGAGUUCUGAAAGAAAAUGAGAAUAUCAUGAAUGAGAUGAUUGAGACCCUAAGGGCUAAUUUGACCCACGCUGAAACUCAGCGGGACAAAGACCAGGCCGACAUGUAUUGUAUGAGAACAAAACUGCGGACGGUCAGAUGUCAAUUGCAAGACCAAGAUGAACUAUUGAGCAGGGUCGAUCAUGCCGAAUCCCGCCUGGAGAAGGCAUGCGCAGAAAAUGAAAGUUUAGGCAACAAAGUGCGUGAACUUCAGGAGGAAAAUAAUUUUUUGAAAAAAGAGAAGGACAUAACUCGAGAAGAACAUUCAUCCCUCUGUGACCGACAGUCUGAACAAAUUGCCCAGCUCAAGGCGGCAGUCAACGACAAUCGGCAUCAACUUGACAAGGUUCAGUUUGUCAUCUGUAGUAAAGACGAGUUGUUAGCAAAGCAAAAGGGGGAAAUAGAUGAGCUCAACUCUCUCGCUACCAGUUUGAAACAAACAAUACAUGAUCUUCAGAGUCGAGUGGAGCUCAGGCGGAUGGAAAAUAUCCUUGCAGAGACGGCACGCAAGGAGCAGGUCAGUGAAAAUCAGGUGGAUUUAAGGGCGGGGAGGAAAGGAACGAGGGCGCCGUUGAAAGCUCUUCAUCGAAACAAUGACCCCAAUAUUGAACAAAAAAGGCUUUUUAAGCACACUUUGACUUUGUGUGACUGCCCAAAUCUGAACAUGGAAUCAGAGAAUGAAGAAUUGAGGGCACAGUUGAAGGAACUUCAAGAAAAACAGGUCAAAAUGGCUGAGAUGAACAGUCAUCUAAAAGAAAAGUUGGCUCAUCUUGAAUUUUGGCGUGCCGAGAUGGAGACAAAGAAUGACGAGUUCAAGACAAAAUUAGAGUAUCGUAAUGACACUGAGACCGUCAUUUCUGAUUCGUGUCAAUCUGAACCGCACAUGGACACGGAAAACGUUAAAAGUCCUCAAUCGAGGACAGACUCAGAGUCGGCUUUGUUUCACUUGCAAGAUCAGGGCGAUUUGAAGAAGACCCGAGAUCACGUGGAAAUUAUUGCUGAAGCGCAGGUGGCGGAAAAUGAAAAGUUGAGCAACAGCCAAUGUGAGGCUAACAUUCUAAAAACGAAUGAGGUAGCUAGCGUAAAACUUGGAGCCCAUAAACCUGUUGGAGAUCUGCUGACCAAAAAUAUUACACAACUGAAGACAGGAUUCAAAGAUCACAAGCUCCAAAUUGAGGAGUCUGGAAUUGUCCUCCUCUGUUUUAAGGAUGACUUGUUCACGAUGAAAACCAAAGACAUAAAUCAGAGAGACAAACGUGGAGAUGCCGCUCUUUUCAUCACAUUGGGACAAUCAAUUCUUAACUUUCAACACAAGUUGGAACGCAUGGAAGAAAUAUUAACGGCAGAUAACAUUUAGCAUCGAAACCCCGUCGACAGCCUGAGCGCAAUCAUCUUGCUGCGCUUGUAAAGAGACAACGGCUGCAAGGUAUGAGCAAAAGAACUUGAGACUGCUACUUGCUGUUUGUUUUUUUUCAUUUUCAACCAAUAUCUGUCAAGUCUAUAAAAGUGAUUGGAAAGUAAUGAUUUGGUUUUGACCCACUGCGGUUCACGUUUUUGUCAAUGGUUUUCCCAUCAUAAUUAUUAAAGGUGUUCCGAUCAGGGUUUUUGAUUCUGAUACCAAUCACAUGGAUUAGUUUGACCUUUUUCUAUUGUAGAGCUGCUUACUAACAAUGAGUGCACCACUAAUAAUCAAUUCUCCAAACCUUCCAAGAUGAUACAUGUUGAUACUGAGUCAGAUACAGGCUGCUUGGGCUAGCUAAAAGACGAGUGUUUUUUUUUUUCUUAACUUCAAUUAGGAAUUGUUAUCCUAUGUCUCUUAAUGUUUAUUAGCUUCCUUCGUGCCACACGUAGCGGAGAAGAGGACGGGCUUCCUCUCUGGGAGAUACCAACAGUAUUUCCUAUGCUAUUGCUAGCUUGGUUCACCAAAACAAUGCUACAACCCAACAGUUGUUCAGUAGACUUACCACUAGAUAGGCCGAUAGUGUACCAUUUAAGCCUUUAAGAAAAUAUUACUUCUGUCGUAUUUGUUUUGCAUGUAAAAAAAAAAAACAACAAAAAAACGUAUGAAAUAAUCAUCUUUUUUUGUUUGUUUUACAGCACUCUGGGUCUUUUUCCCCCAUCAUUCAAAUCUGAUUUAGUCACAAAUGACGCACUGUGUCCUAGUUUUCCACUUCACAUUGGUGCUGCUGUAAGGUGAACAGUGUAAAGAUGAUGAUUAGUCUCAGGAGGAUUCUUUAUCCUCUUCUAAGACCAGACUGAGUUGACCACAGACAUUAACCCCGGUGAAAGGACCCCUGCCUUUAAAGUGCUCGUAGCAGAACAGGUUCAUACACUGGGUUACUAUAUCUCUUUAAAAUUAGAAGAAUAUGAUGCAAAGAUAGUUGGAGUUCCAAUUGUAUUUAUAAUCAGUAUAAAUCAUUUUCUAUAUGCAUAUUGUAUAUUAUUAGUAUAUCUAUUUAAUUUAUAAUCAAUUUAUAAGGCCCUCAAAUUCAAAACAUAUUAUUGUGAUCAUGUAAUAGAAGAUUUAUUUGGACUU